UGCGCGAUGGCGGUGCCUCCCGGACCGGCCCCCACCGCGGAGGCGCCGCCGCCCCAGCUAGAAGCGCUGGCCUCGGAGCCCGACUCGGACAGCAGAGCUGAUCGUCUCUCUUUCUGUACGAAGGUGUGCUAUGGCAUUGGUGGGGUCCCCAACCAGGUGGCUUCCAGUGCCACAGCCUUUUACCUACAGCUCUUCCUGCUUGAUGUGGCACAGAUCCCUGCUGCCCAGGUGUCAUUUGUCCUGUUUGGAGGGAAAGUGUCUGGGGCAGCUGCCGACCCCGUGGCUGGGUUCCUCAUCAACAGGAGCAGGAGGUCCACGUCAGGACGACUCAUACCCUGGGUGCUGGGCUGCACCCCCUUUGUCGCCUUGGCCUACUUCUUCCUGUGGUUCCUGCCCCCCUUCACCAGCCUGCGAGGCCUCUGGUACACAACCUUCUACUGCCUGUUCCAGGCCCUGGCCACGUUCUUCCAGGUGCCCUACGCGGCGCUCACCAUGCUCCUGACGCCCAGCCCGAGGGAGCGGGACUCGGCCACCGCCUACCGGAUGACCCUGGAGAUGGCGGGAACGCUGAUGGGGGCCACCGUGCACGGGCUCAUCGUGUCAGGUGCCCACGGGCCCCAUAGCUGCGAAGAUACUGUGGUCCCCGAGCCGGCCGCGGUCUCCCCGGAUGCCGCUUGUCUCUACUCCAUUGCAGCCACCGUGGUGGUCGUGAUUUACCCUGUGUGCAGCGGUCUGCUCUGCCUAGGGGUGAAGGAGCGGCCAGACGCCACUGCCCCAGCCUCGGGCCAAGGCCUGAGCUUCCUGGCUGGGCUGGGCCUCACUGCCUGCCACCCACCCUUCCUGAAGCUGGUGGUCUCCUUCCUGUUCAUCUCAGCUGCCGUUCAGGUGGAGCAGAACUACCUGGUCCUGUUCUGUACACACGCCUCCCGGCUGCACGACCACGUCCAGAGCCUGGUGCUAACCAUCCUGGUCUCGGCCAUGCUGAGCACCCCGCUGUGGGAGUGGGUGCUCCAACGGUUUGGGAAGAGGACCACGGCCUUCGGGAUCUGUAUGAUGGUGCCUUUUGCAAUCUUGCUGGCUGCUGUGCCCACAGCACCCGUGGCAUAUGUCGUGGCCUUUGUAUCUGGCGUGAGCAUUGCUGUGUCCUUGCUGCUACCCUGGUCCAUGCUGCCCGACGUGGUGGAUGACUUUCAGCUGCAGCACCGGCAUGGGCCAGGCGUGGAGACCAUCUUCUACUCCUCCUACGUCUUCUUCACGAAGCUUUCAGGCGCAGGGGCCCUGGGCAUCUCCACCCUCAGUCUGGAGUUCGCGGGGUAUAAGGCAGGAGCCUGCCAGCAGGCGGAGGAGGUGGUGGUUACCCUCAAGGUCCUCAUCGGUGCUGUGCCCACCUGCAUGAUCCUCGCCGGGCUGUGCAUCCUCAUGGCCGGCCCCGCUCCAAAGGCACCAAGCCAGGACACCUCCCGCCAGCCGAGCCUUCGGAGGAGGACCAGCUACAGCCUCGCCUGAAGUCUGAGAGGGCUGCUGCGGGCGGAAGCAGCAGGACCAGCGUCCUCUGGGCCUGACGUCAGUCGUCAGUCGCUUUCUCUCGGCACUUGAGCACCCACCAUGGCAGUUUCACAUGCAGCCUUUUUUCCUGGGAGGCGGGUCUUCAGUGAUGCCUCCUGAAGGGACUGGCCUGUGCCCCAGGACGCCCACCCGGCAUCCCUUGCCUGCUGACCUCAGGCCAGCUCCGAUAGGCCUGUGCCCCUGACUAGCGCCGCAGCACGUCCUUCUGGAAAAAGGAAGCCCCUCCCCAGCCUGGCGUGCAGGCUCCUGUGGGAGCCCCAGGCCCAAUACCCUGUGUAGAUAGCAAAGCUCCCCUGACAGAAGGACAGACACACAGACCCCGUGUUUGUCCUGAGGCCUCGUGGACAUCUGCUGAAGAAACAGAGAGGCUGAGAGACCCCACACGAAUGGGCAGAGUGAGGACACAUGGACAUGCUGGGGUGGACGGUUAGAAAGACACAGGCAGACCCAGUGAGGUCAGCACCCCCCAGGGAGAAGGGGGACGGCAGCGGGGACGGGAGACUGAUGCCACUCAGCUUCUGUCAGUGGACAGAGACUGAUAUCGGACCACCCAGAGUCAAUCACUUUUGCAAACAAAAAUUGUGUGGAAAUACUUUUCUUAGAUUUUAUCUUAUGAAAGCACAGGAACUAUAGUUUUCUAGAGACCAUAUUUUUAGGGAAGGAAGAUCCAUUGAAGUUUAUUAGUCUGUAAAAUGUGACCAUGGACAGCCCUCAUCCCAACUGCUGGAAUCCCCUCGGGAGGGAAAGGAGAGGAAACCCGAUGUCACUGGACCUGGCCUUGCCCCCCCAGCCAUAUAUCCCUCGCUCGCAUUUCCUUAGACCAGGACACCGUGUGGGAGGCAGGUUCCUUCUUCCCUUUGGAAGAGACACAAAGUUGAGACUCCAGAGUGGCCCAAGGCAACAGGCUGUGGUGGCUCAUGUGCGUUGGGGUCUGAGAAGGGGUUGGGGAACCUGUGGGGACUCUGAUGCCCCAGAAACUCCUGCCUAGAGAAGUCCAACACCUACACAGGGCCUGAGGUACAGACUUGCCCCCACGUUUUCCCCCAGCCCCCAGCUCUCCCCACUCCAUGGGGUCAGCUCUCCUGAGCCCACACCCCAGGGACAGGCCCCCACCCACUCCUCUUUAGAUCUUUAGCUGCCCCUUAGGGGCAGGAUCCCUGAGGCCCAGAGCUCAGACUCACUCAGACAUGAUGUGCUCCUCAGAGCUCAAAGCACCUGGAUUCCCCCACAAACACUGCAGCAGAAGGAACCUGGCCUGGUCUACCUGCUGCCUCAAGUCUCUGGCCCUUGUGGUGCUGACAUGAGUAUCUGGUCCUGGAGGUCACAGAGCACCAGAGAAAGACCUGGGCUCAGCUUCUUGGCAUGGCCUGUCCGAUUCAGGAAGGGGCUGACAGGAAGCUCUGCCCACCCCACUGUGUGCACACAAAGACACACACACACUCGCUCACGCACACACACUCGCUCAUGCACACACAUGCUCCUGGAAACAGGAUAGAACAGUUUCUUGACACUGGGAUAUCACUGGCCACAUGGAGACGGUCCCUGGUGAGACAGAAGGCCAGGUAAAGUGUCUACUGUGUUAUGAAAUGUCAUGCUUUGGAAACCAAGGCAAUGCAGGACAAGAAGCUUAUGCCAAAUUCUCUGUUCCCGGUAUUUCCUGGGAGUGCAGCUGCAGGAGGCAGAGCUGUACAGUACAAGGACAGUGGCAGGAGGCCCUCUGGGGGUCAGAGAUUAGAUCUCAGAGACAGGGUUUGCUCAUGGGCUGGGUAUAUGCCCCACAUUUAUUCGGUUUCUUCCUCACAGCAGCCCUAGGAUGUGGAUAUUAUUAAUAUUAUUCUCAUUCUCAGAUGAAGAAACAGGCUUAGAGAGAUUAAGCCACUUGCCCAAGGUCAGCUGGUGGUGAAGGUGAUCUCCAAAGCUUGUGGACAGGCAGUGCUUUAAAAAUUGUAUUGGAGUAGAGGCCGUCCCCCAGGCUUUGGUAUCACCAGGACUGUUCCUCCGAAGCCAAUGCCAGCAUCCCUCCCUGACGGCAUGCUGUGACCCCUCUGUAAUUCCCAUUGCUCCUACUCUCCCACCUCCAGUUCACGUGCCCUCUGAGCCUCCCACACUCCCACAUACCCACACUGCCCCAUCUUCAUGUUCAAAGGAGGAGGGAUCGCUCCUUGCCACCAAGAGUCUGUCCCUGGCAAAGAGCAGGCACCUCCGCUUGCCCCUUCCCUGCCCACUGCCUUCUUCAUCUCCACUUAAAUACAGGAGAUCGAGCCAUUCCCUUGCUCAAGACCCUCUCAGUCCCAUGUCACCUCUUCAGAGACCUUUCCUGCUCCCUGCCCACCCACCAUGGCCCUCCCCGACCUCAGCAUGCUGAGCUUCACCCUGCUUUGCUUGUACUUAGUAGUACCUACCUCCAUGUACAAUGAUAUAUUUACCAAUGGUUUGCCUGUUUAUUGCUUGAUACCUCCAUUAAAAUGUAAACUUCA